AUGUUGUCAAAGCGUUCCGAUGCGUUGAUAAGCGCUUUCGUUUUGACGCUAUAUUAUGUGGGCGUGGCCGAUGGGAACGCAUCAGACUUUGUGACAAUGGGCGAUCUGCGCAGGAGCAGGCGUGGCCAGUCGGAUUCCUCGCGUCCCGGUGGCAUGAUAAUGGAGGGCGUUGGAUUCCAGUACACCAUGCGGUUCCAGCCGGGCUUCCACCUCCACAAUCUGGCCCAGCAGCAGGGAGGGGAUGGGGGUAUGGGAGACGGCACUGUGACGGAAGCACCUAUGCCCAUGCCAACUCCUGGGACACCACCUCCAGAACCAGCUCCCACGGAGCCAGAGGAGCCGGAGCCCACGAUACCAACUCGACCAACAUCCGCUCCCUCAGAGGAUACACCACCAGCCACGGAUUCCAUGAUGAUGGUGCCCAAGCCGAGUGAUUCGCCGGGAAUGCAGCCAAGUCCCAGUCCCCGGCCCAGUGCGAAGCCAUCGAUGAGACCGCCAGUGCCCACGCCACCAUCCAGCACCAAGACCUCCAUUAUGCAGCCCCAUCAGACCCUGAAGAACCUCCUCUUCGGCUCGCCCGUCGAGGCGAAUCUCAUCCUGAAGACACCCAAUGCACCGCGCUCGAAGGGCAAGGGCUUCCUCAGUCUGUUCGAGGUGAUCAAGUUCCCCAAUACGAAGUGCAGUGUGUCCAUGGGCGACAUCCGGAGCAUGGAGGGCGUCUGCUACCACGAGUUCGAGUGCAAGAGCCUCGGGGGGAUUCCCACCGAGAGCUGUGCCGAGGGCGUGGGCGUUUGCUGUGUGUUCGUCAAUGGAUGUGGCGAUGUAACCAGCCAGCAAAUCCUCUACUUCGAGAGCCCCAACUAUCCAAAUGCGGUGCGCGAAAUGAUGAUCUGUGUGCUGAUCAUCAAUGUGAAGAAGGGAGUGCAGCAGAUGAGACUGGAUUUUCAGAUGUUCGAGCUAAGUCGUCCCACCAAUGGUGAUUGCCUAGACGAUCAGUUUAUAGUGUCGGGACACAAUACCAAUUUUCAGAUUCCCAUUCUGUGUGGCAUCAACACGGGCCAGCAUAUCUACAUCCAUGUUGGUGACUCGAACGAGAGCAAACUCUAUCUUUCGGUUUUUAUGAAGGUCUCGGGAGGAGGUCGAUCAUUCAAUAUAAAAGUCACUCAGCUGGAGGACGACCUGGCUCCUAACAAUUGCCUGCAAUAUUUCCCUGAAGCCGAAGGACUGAUUAAAUCCUUUAAUUACGAUACAGAUGGUUCCAUUGUGGACAACCGUGAAGCUACUUAUUUUAACAAUCUCAAUUAUGCCAUAUGUCUGGCACGCUUGAAGAAUGUCUGCAGUGUGAGCUACAAUACAGAGCAACUGGGUGGCGAUCAGCCCGACUUUCAAAUCGUCAACAAAGAUGAAGCCGAGAACGAUUUGAUAUCCGAUGGCCAGGCGGGAGCUGGGAUCUUCAACUGCCCCGAUGACUUUAUAGCCAUCAACUCGGUGCCGCUUUGCGGGGAGCGGUUCAACGAUGGACGGGAAAGCGACGAUUUCACCAUGCACGCCACCGUUAGGGACACUGCCGCAGGUCCCAUCAUCCUGCCCUUCCGCACCGAUGCCGAAUAUGUGGGUCGCGGCUUUCGACUGCUCUACAGACAGGAACUGUGUGCCUGA